GCACAGGGAAGACCUUUGGGGCUGAUGGUAAACCUUUAACAGAAGAACAGGGCAGACCCAUAGGAGCAGAUGGAAAACCCUUAAAGGUUGAUUCUAAAGGAAGGUUGUUAGGUGCUGAUGGGAAACCAUUAACUGAUGCACAGGGAAGACCUUUAGGGGCUGACGGAAAACCUUUAACAGAUGAACAGGGUAGAGCAAUUGGAGCAGAUGGAAAACCCUUGAAGGUUGAUUCUAAAGGAAGGUUGUUAGGUGCUGAUGGGAAACCAUUAACUGAUUCACAGGGCAGACCUUUAGGAGCAGAUGGAAAACCUUUAACUGAUGCACAGGGCAGGCCCAUAGGAACUGAUGGAAAACCUUUGAAGGUUGAUUCUAAAGGGAGGUUGUUAGGUGCUGAUGGGAAACCAUUAACUGAUGCACAGGGAAGACCUUUGGGGGCUGAUGGUAAACCUUUAACAGAUGAACAGGGCAGACCCAUAGGAGCAGAUGGAAAACCCUUGAAGGUUGAUUCUAAAGGAAGGUUACUGGGGGCUGAUGGGAAACCAUUAACUGAUGCACAGGGAAGACAUUUAGGGGCUGACGGAAAACCUUUAACAGAUGAACAGGGUAGACCAAUAGGAGCAGAUGGAAAACCCUUGAAAGUUGAUUCUAAAGGAAGGUUGUUAGGUGCUGAUGGGAAACCAAUAACUGAUGCACAGGGAAGACCAUUAGGGGCCGAUGGGAAACCAUUAACUGAUGCACACGAGAGACCUUUAGGCGCUGAUGGUAAACCUUUAACAGAUGAACAGGGCAGGCCCAUAGGAGCAGAUGGAAAGCCUUUGAAAGCAGAUUCUAAAGGAAGGUUGCUGGGAGCUGAUGGGAAACCUUUAACAGAUGCACAGGGAAGACCUUUAGAGGCUGAUAGAAAACCCCUAACAGAUGAUCAGGGUAGGCCGUUAGGGGCUGACGGUAAACCUCUAACAGAUGAGCAGGGCAGGCCCAUCGGAGCAGAUGGAAAGCCGUUGAGGGUAGAUUCUAAAGGAAAGAUGCUGGGAGCUGAUGGGAAACCAUUAACAGAUGCACAAGGAAGGCCAUUAGGGGCUGAUGGGAAACCCAUGACAGAUACUCAGGGUAGGUCGUUGGAGGCUGACGGUAAACCUUUAACAGAUGAGCAGGGCAAACCCUUAGGGGCUGCUGGGAAACCAAUAACAGAUGCACAGGGUAGGCCGGUAGGGGCUGACGGUAAACCUCUAAUAGAUGAGCAUGGCAGACCUAUAGGAGCAGAUGGAAAACCUUUGAAGGCAGAUUCUAAAGGAAGGUUGUUAGAAGCUGAUGGGAAACCAUUAACAGAUGCACAAGGAAGACCUUUAGGAGCAGAUGGAAAACCUUUGCAGGUAGAUUCUAAAGGGAAGUUAUUAGGACCUGAUGGGAAACAAAUAACUGAUGCACAGGGCAGGCCGGUAGGGGCUGACGAUAAACCCCUAACAGAUGAGCAUGGCCGACCUAUAGGAACUGAUGGAAAACCUUUGAAAGUGGAUUCUAAAGGGAGGUUGUUAGGAGCUGAUGGGAAACCAUUAACUGAUGCACAAGGACAAUCUUUAGGGGUUGAUGGAAAACCUUUAACAGAUGCCCAUGGAAGACCUUUAGGAGCCGAUGGUAAACCCAUAACGGAUGCACAGGGAAGGCCCCUAGGGGCUGAUGGAAAACCAAUAACAGAUGCCCAGGGAAAAACCUUAGGGGCCGAUGGUAAACCCAUAACAGAUGCACAGGGCAGGCCGUUAGGGGCUGACGGAAAACUUUUAAUAGAUGAGAAGGGGAGACCAAUAGAAGCAGAUGGAAAAUCUUUGAAGGUAGAUUCUAAAGAGAGGAUGCUAGGAGCUGAUGGGAAACCAUUAACAGAUGCUCAGGGAAAACCCUUAAAGGCUGACGGUAAACCAAUAACAGAUGCACAAGGCAGGCAGUUAGGGGCUGAUGGUAAACCCAUAACAGAUGCACAAGGCAGGCCGUUAGGGGAUGACGGAAAAACUUCAACAGAUGAACAGGGCAGACCUAUAGGAGCCGAUGGAAAACCUUUGAAGGUUGAUUCGAAAGGGAGGUUGCUGGGAGCUGAUGGGAAACCAUCAACAGAUGCUCAGGGAAGACCCUUAGGGGCCGAUGGUAAACCCAUAACUGAUGCACAGGGUAGGCCGUUAGGGGCUGACGGAAAACCUCUAACAGAUGAGCAGGGCAGGCCCAUCGGAGCAGAUGGAAAGCCGUUGAGGGUAGAUUCUAAAGGAAAGAUGCUGGGAGCUGAUGGGAAACCAUUAACAGAUGCACAAGGAAGGCCAUUAGGGGCUGAUGGGAAACCAUUGACAGAUGCACAGGGAAGACCGUUAGGGGCCGAUGGUAAACCUAUAACAGAUGCACAGGGCAGGCCGAUAGGGGCUGACGGAAAGCAUCUAACAGAUGAGAAGGGCAGACCUAUUGGAGCAGAUGGAAAACCCUUGAAGGUUGAUUCUAAAGGGAAGUUGCUGGGAGCUGAUGGGAAACCAUUAACAGAUGCUCAGGGAAGACCCUUAGGGGAUGAUGGUAAAACCUUAAUGGAUGCCCAAGGAAGACCAUUAGGGGCUGAUGGGAAACCAUUAACAGAUGCCCAGGGAAGAUCCAUAGGGGCCGAUAGUAAACCCCUAACCGAUGAGCAGGGAAGACCUAUAGGAGCAGAUGGAAAACCCCUGAAAGUAGAUUCUAAAGGGAGGUUGUUGGGAGCUGAUGGAAAACCAAUAACCGGUGCUCAGGGAAGACCCUUAGGGUCGGAUGGGAAACCAUUAACAGAUGCUCAGGGACGACCAUUAGGUGCCGAUGGUAAACCAAUAUCUGAUACUCCCGGUAGAGCAAUAGAGACUGAUAGUAAACCGAUGGAUGCCCAAGGUAGAAGCAUAGGUGAUGAUGGUAAACCCGCUGAUGCCCAAGGGGGUUCCUUAGGAGCCAAAGGUAAACCUCCAGCGGAUACACCAGGUAAACCAAUAGUGGAUGCUGGUAAACCGAAGGAUGCCGAAGAUAGAAAAAGCAUUGGUGGUGAUGGUAAACCUGCAAUUGAUGCCCAAGGUAGGCCUUUAGGGUCUGAUGGUAAACCAACAAUUGAUGCACAGGGCAGAGCAAUAGGAACUGAUGGUAAACCUCCGACCGAUGCACAAGGUAGACCGUUAGGAUAUGAUGGUAAACCAAUGGAUGCCCAAGGCACAAAAAGUCUUGCUGGUGAUAGCAAACCUGUCACAGAUGCUCAAGGUAGACCGAUUGGGUCUGAUGGUAAACCUUCCUCUGAUGCUCAAGGUAGACCCUUGGGAGCUGAUGGAAAACCUGCAACUGAUGCACAAAGUAGGCCAUUGGGGUCAGAUGGUAAACCUCAAACUGAUGCUCAAGGGCGCUCUUUAGGAGGCGAUGGUAAACCUCUAGCGGAUACACAAGGUAAACCAAUAGGGGAUGAUAGUAAAUCAACAGAUGCCCAAGGCACAAAAAGUCUUGCUGGUGAUAGCAAACCUGUCACAGAUGCUCAAGGUAGACCGAUUGGGUCUGAUGGUAAACCUUCCUCUGAUGCACAAGGUAGACCCAUGGGAGCUGAUGGUAAACCUGUAACUGAUGCGCAAGGUAGACCUUUAGGGUCUGAUGGUAAACCUACAACGGAUGCACAAGGCAGACCAGUAGAUGCUGAUAGUAAACCAAUGGAUGCCCAAGGCACAAAAAGCCUUGGUGGUGAUGGUAAACCUGCAACUGAUGCACAAAGCAAAUCUUUAGGGUCUGAUGGUAAACCUGUUACUGAUAGUCAAGGUAAACCUUUAGGAUCUGAUGGUAAGCCUGCUACUGAUGCUCCAACGCGAUCCUUAGGAGGCGAUGAAAAACCUUUAACUGAUGCACAAGGCAAAGGUUUAGCAGCUGAUGGUAAACCAUUAACUGAUGCCUCUGGUCGACCAAUAGAGUCUGAUGGUAAAUCAACGGGUCCUCAACGUAAAAGCCUAAUUGAUGAUGGUGAACCGUUAACUGAUUCACAAGGUAGACCUGUGGGGGCCGAUGGAAAACCUGUAACUGACGCUCAAGGAAGAUCAAUAGGAUCUGAUGGUAAGCCAACAACUGAUUCUCAAGGUAGACCGUUAGGGUCUGAUGGUAAACCUUCCACUGAUGCUCAAGGUAGACCCUUGGGAGCCGAUGGAAAACCUGUUACUGACGCUCAAGGAAGAUCAAUAGGAUCUGAUGGUAAGCCUAUAACUGAUUCUCAAGGUAGACCGUUAGGGUCUGAUGGGAAACCUGCAACUGAUGCACAAGGUAGUGCAAAAACCGGUGAUGGUAAGCCUGCAACAGAUACCCAAGGCAGACCUGCAGGGUCUGAUGGUAAACCUGUAACUGAUGCGCAAGGUAGACCUUUAGGCGCCGAUGGUAAACCUUACAACUGAUGCUCAAGGUAAACCAUUAGGAUCUGAUAGCAAACCUGCUACUGAUACUCAAGGAAAACCUUUAGGAUCUGAUGGUAAGCCUGCAACUGAUGCACAAGGUAGAUCGUUAGGGUCUGAUGGUAAGCCUGCAACUGAUGAUCA